UACCACUGCACUGGGCAGUGAGCCACCAUACCAGGCCCUGCAUGGCUGCCUCUCCAUACCGCUAUCCCUGGCUAUUGGAAGACCUUAGAAUCAGAGCUGGAAGAAGCUCGAGGUGAUAAAGUCCCCGAAACAACUUCUCACAUGCUGUGAGAUCUGUGUGCAAAGACUUUCCUAAGCCCAGCCUGCUUCUCAGGACAAUAGAGUGGAAAAGAACAGAAGUGAAGCUUGCGAAUGAGGUUCAGAAAUGUCUAUCGUGUGCUUGGCAGACUUUAAGGCCCACGCACGCAAGCAGCUGUCAAAGUCAUCAUGGGACUUUAUUGAAGGAGCAGCUGACGAGGGCAUCACAUGCGAGGACAACAUCGCCGCAUUUAAAAGACUCCGCCUCCGUCCCCGAUACCUGAGAGAUGUGUCAGUGGUGGACACCAGGACCACAAUCCAAGGACAGGAGAUCCAGGCCCCCAUCUGCAUCUCUCCCACAGCUUUUCACUCCAUCGCCUGGCCAGAUGGAGAGCUGAGCACAGCCAGAGCUGCUCAGGAAGCCAACAUCUGCUACGUCACCAGCACUUAUGCCAGCUGUCCCCUGGAAGACAUUGUUGCAGCUGCCCCCAGAGGUCUCCGAUGGUUCCAACUCUACGUACAGUCCAAUUGGGAGCUCAACAAACAGCUAAUUCGGAGAGCAGAAGCCCUGGGUUUCAAAGCUUUGGUGAUCACUGUAGAUGUACCAGUCGCUGCCAAAAGGCGACAGGACAUAAGAAACCAACUAAAUUUAUGGGAGCACUUAAUGCGGACGGACCUCCGAUCACCUGAAGAGAGAAAUUCCACACGUCCUGCCCCCACGUCUUUGCCAAAUGCAUCUUUCAGCUGGAGUGAUCUCUCCUCGAUUCAGAGUAUAACUCGAUUGCCCAUUAUCCUCAAGGGGAUUUUGACGAAGGAGGAUGCAGAGUUAGCAGUGAAGCAGAACGUCCAAGGCAUCAUUGUCUCCAACCACGGUGGGAGGCAGCUCGACGAGGUUCCUGCUUCAAUCGAGGCAUUGACAGAAGUGGUGGCUGCAGUCAAAGGGAGAGUUGAAGUGUACAUGGAUGGUGGGGUUCGAACCGGCAAUGAUGUGUUGAAAGCGCUGGCCCUUGGGGCUAAGUGCAUUUUCCUUGGAAGACCAAUCCUCUGGGGCCUUGCCUACAAGGGCGAAUAUGGUGUUCUGGAAGUCUUAAAUAUUUUAAAAGCAGAGUUCCACACUUCUAUGGCCCUUUCAGGCUGCCGGUCAGUCACCGAGAUCAAUCCAGACCUGAUUCGCUUUUCCAGACUAUAAAGAAUUACUGAGCUGCCUCCGAGGGGAAGACAAGACCCCAACAUGAUAUGCAAGGCUUUUCUUCUUCAGCCCCAUCCAAUCUAGGAGUUUGAGCCCUGUAUCCUCAAAAACAUAGAGGAAUGGAGAAAAGAUAAGUAACAGCUCUCACCAUAGUGGAUGUAGGUGAAGGAAUAACACCUAUGUUCUAUAGAAUACCUACAGUUGACAACAAUUAAUUGACUAUGUGAAAUAGCCAUGUAACAGCAAGAAAGGAGAUCGUUGAGUCUGAUGGGACAUACCAGUUAUCGUCACCUAAUUAUUAUGUACAUUAUACAUUAUUAAAAUGCUAUGCUGUGCCAUAA